AAAUGAUUCGUUGAUGUCCUACGAAACGGUGAAAUACUUCAAUGCGGAACAACAUGAGCUUGACCGAUACCGUCGCGCUAUCUGCAACUACCAGAAUGCGGAGUACUACACAUUCCUCUGUGGGAUCCUAUUAAACGCCAGUCAAAACACUGUCUUAUUGACCUGUUUACUGGUCAUGUGCUUCAUCGCUGUGUAUCAAAUCUCUUCUCUCCAGCAACCCUUACAAGGUCCCCUGAGCUUUUUUGGGGCCUUCUAUGUCUCCAUACAGUCUUCUUUGAUCAAUGCCGAGCGUAUGUUGGAGCUUUUCAAAGAGCAGCCAACAGUCACUGACAGCCAUUGCGUUUUCCCCUUGGCCACUUGCCAGGGAAAGAUUGAGUUCCGGAAUGUCAGUUUCUCAUAUGAUGCGCGAAAUCCUGUGUUGACUGGACUCACGUUCACUUGUCAACCAGGAACGACUACAGCUUUGGUGGGAGAGUCUGGUGGGGGCAAAUCUACUGUUCUCCGUCUCCUCAUCCGAUCCUACAAUCCUGAAAAUGGCAAAAUCCUCGUCGACGGACGUGACGUCCAGGAUAUCGCGAUUGAUUCUAUUCGUAAGAAAAUCGGUGUGGUUCCGCAGGAUGCGACGCUUUUCAACGAUACUUUGAUGUACAAUCUAAAGUACGCCAACGCCGACGCAAGUGAUGAAGAUGUGCACCAGGCUUGUUCCAAGGCCGAUAUUUAUGACAAGAUCGAAGGUUUCCCAGAUGGUUACAACACCAAAGUUGGAGAGCGUGGGCUGCGCCUCAGCGGCGGUGAGAAACAACGUAUGGCAAUCGCUCGAACUAUCCUGAAAACCCCUACAAUCAUACUGCUGGAUGAAGCUACGUCUGCACUCGACACUAAAACAGAAGAGCAUAUCCAGAAGUCCCUAGCUACUCUCUCCAAUGGCCGAACCACGCUCAUCAUUGCCCAUCGGCUAAGCACCAUCACAUCGGCAGACCUCAUUCUAGUGCUGAGUGAUGGCCAGGUGGCCGAGAGCGGCACCCAUGAGGAACUAUUGAGUAUGGAAGGCCCUUAUGCCCGUAUGUGGAGAAAGCAAAUUGGCGAGGCAAAGAUACUCGGAGCCCAAGACAAGGUGGAGUGCAUUUAA